UUUUGAUUGACAGGUAGAUUCGGUUACAUCGGGAUGUGAUUUCACACUGUGUAUUCGAAAUAUUAGGAGUCUUAUGAAUUUCUUUCGCCAGUUAGGGUCAUUGGAUUAACAGGCUGUUUUAACUUUUAUAAAUUAUAAGGAGACGUUUAGAAAAAUUGAACCUGACAUUACCUAUUUGUGCUCAAAUGUGGAAAAAAGUAAACAAAAUGAGAGUUAGGACAACAAAAACUUCAUCAAAGUGUGUCUUAAAACUAUUCCUUAUCUUAACUUUUGCUGUGUUUGUACCUAUAAUGUUACCGUCGCUAAGGAAAGGAAACACUCGAAUCGUGGAUAAGAGAUCAACCAUGCAAGAUGUUAUGAAAGAUAUUAAGCUGGAACUAAAAAAGCCUUUGUUUGUGCCAAUUAAAACGAAAGAAAUGCAGAAUAAAGUGUUUUCUAUUGCAAAAUUUCCAUUUCUUAAUUUCACUUCUUUUAGUUUGGAACCACUGACAGAUUGCACAAACUUGCAGCUGAUAGCAUUAAUCCAUUCUUCACCCUAUCACUUUGAACGUCGUGAAACGAUACGGCGAACAUGGACAAACCAAUCUUACUUUUCAGUGUUUGGACCUGUUAAAAGAAUUUUUCUUUUCGGGACUGUCGAUAAUGAUAAAUUGCAAAAAGCUAUUUCAACUGAACAUCAUAUUUAUGGUGAUAUUCUGCAAGGCAAUUUCAUAGAUAAUUACUACAAUUUAUCGUUUAAUACUAUGACUGGAUUAAAAUGGAUUAUAAACAGAUGUGAUAAUGUUCAAACUGUGAUGAAAGUUGAUGAUGAUAUUGUUAUUGAUAUGUUUAGAUUUCUCAACAAUACAGUUUUAUCUUUAGUUCACAAAUCAAGACAGGUUUUCUGCCGUUACAGCAGAGGUAAAAUAUUUCGAAACUCUAAGUCCAAAUGGUAUUUACCUGACAGCAUAUUUGCAGGAGAAACAAAAUACCCUAGUUACUGUGAAGGUAAACUUGUUUUAAUGACGUUUGAUAUCAUACCGUCUUUGUAUAGUGUUGCGUUGAAUACGCCAUAUUUUUUCAUAGAAGACGUGUUCAUGUAUGGUUUAGUAAUAAACAAAAUAGAAGGAGUAUCAUUUCUACAAUUAAAAUGGGGUUCUGAUAUGAUGCUUAAUGGUUCUGCGGCAAGGACAUGUCUUAUGAAAAAGAAACACAAUUGCAGCGUUUACGUAGCAGGCGUUUCGUCCGAUGAAGAAAUGGAAGAAUUGUGGUUUCUCUUUAGACAAAAAUUCAUGUUAAAUCACCUCUUUAAUUAAGCAUUUUAUAUGUACGCAUGAUCAAUUUUAUACUGAAUUUCAAUUCCAAACACUUUCAAAUACAUUAAAAGGAACAUUUGAAUAUCUGUAACGUUGAAAUUUAGUUUUAGAAUAGUAUUGACAUGUUUUUUUGUGAAUUGUGAUGAAAGUACUAAGUCAGUUCAUUUACAAUAACUCGUUUUAAGAAUUUCGCAUGGGUUUUGAAAGCUCUUCUGAAACAUUUCUUUACAAAUCAUAAAUAGUUAUGCUCCGUUUUGGAAAAUGAAUUAUAGAGGAUAAUAGUUUACUAAAAUGCUAGCAAAAGGACUAGAAAAGGCAUUAUAGUUAUUUACUGAUGGAAUUUUCCGUGCAAUAUCUAUUGUAAACUUCCCUGAGACGGUAUUUAAACUCGUUUCAUUAAUGAUUGUUCGUGUGAUCGUGCAAUCAAAUGAUAUCUAAACGGGAAACAAGAAUCCAGAAUCGUUCAGUCUAUAAAAAGCUUGAUAGGAGUUCCCAAUAAGUGGAUUGUUCACCAAAGAAUAACAGUCUCCAAUGCCGCAGUCUAUUUUUAACAUUGAAAUAUAUUUUUCUUUAGAAUCAUUAAAAUGUAAUGUGCUCAUGUAAAUAACUGUUUGAUGCUAUUUGCCAUUCAGGUAUUGAUUAGUCUUAAAUAUUCAAUGAGAAUUGAUUAUUUAUCAGAAAAAAUAUCCUUGAUUCCAACCUCAAGAUAGAUUAUACCUAUACACUUUGACCUGAUACAUGUAGUUCUUGAAAAAAAUGUGAUUAGAUAUACAUGUUUCGCUCUAUGGAAAGCCAUACACGCCAAAAUAAUAUAAUGUAAGUCUAUGAGAAAAUAAUUGGUAGUAUCGAAUCUAUAGUAGAGCUUAAACAUUAAAAAGUCUCCCCUGUUGUUAUAUUUUCUUGUCAUCAUGGAAUCUAUUCAAUAAAUGUGGAAUAGAAUUCCGCAUAAGGCGGUGCUAUGGGGCGUGAAAGGUUUGCACAUUCCAUUACCUCUUAUGAACAGAUUCAAUAUAACCGAAUCUGCUAUAAUUCUGCUUGUUUGAUUUCUAAGCAUCCAAAGGAUCUUUUCACAGAUUUUAUUAUCUAUCAACACAGCAACAAUAAAGUGCCGUGUGGACGCUGUUAAAAGUCUCUCUGUACUUGGAUUCAGUGUUGUUAUACAUUUUCUGGUCCUUUGGGAUCAAAUAGAUGUGUAAUAGAGUCCCGCUUAAGCCGGUGCUAAGGAGCAUAAGAUGUGUUUCGCAUUUUAUUACCUAUUGUCGUUAAACAGAUUUCGUUUUGUCGGAAGACAAAGCAGGUGAUGAUAAUGGUCACAAAUCUAUCGUAGAUGAUGCUAAAAGACGUUUUCAAAAAUGUUUGCCUCUUAUUUAAUGUGUGCCUAAGCUUUUGGAAUAAAAGGAAUAUGUUUAUCUGUGUAAUGUCAGAGAAUGAUCAAGAUUGAGAGAUUUUAUUUCUACUUCUUACGGAAAGAAUCAUAUUUCAGCUUUGAAACAAGAGCCAAUGCAGGUCGUGGUAUGUAAAUCGACAGAGGUGACCUUAGUUAACUCUCCAUAUCUUACUUAAAUCAAACAUCUCUUGAUGAAACUUUGUAAAAACAUUUUGUAUUUGAUUAUGUUUGACAACAGCACUGAAAAUUGGAAAAUAUGAUACAAAC